CAUGACUUUCUGGGUAUUUUGUCAAACCGACCUUGUAGAGCGGAAAAAUUCCAGGCAAAUAAGACCAAGCUUAUAGCCAUGGUGGGCCGACUUCUGCGCUGCAUCCUUAUCAUAAUCCUCAUCAGCUUUACAGUCUUCUCGUACUUUUCGAAAUCAAGGACAAUGGCAAAAGUUGACUACCUUAAGACAUUGGAACCGGAUUCAGGCAAUUUAUUCUUAAGUGGUAUAAUAUCCAAGGAUUCUGGAACAAAGAGGGAAAUGCUCCGGGCUUUUGGAGAAACUAUUGAAGACGCACACGGAAACAGCAGUGGCAGCCAGAGCAAUAUGCUCUUUUCUAAUAGUCAAAAUAUGAAAGCCAAAGAUGCCAUAGCCAUUAUCAGAAGCAGGAGAAUCGGGGAGAAUCAGGGAGAGAAUAGCGACAAAAAGGAGUUUUUGGGAGUGCUACAAGAUUCGAAACAUAUCUUGGGGCGCAAAUCAAUGGAAUUACUAUCCAUAGAAACCGAAGUUCCCGUCCGAAUGCCCCUGGUACGAACGAUCUACGAGCCCGGUCAUGUGGACAAUGGCAUUGAUAUGGAAAGGAUAUGUCCCCUAGGAGGGUUACUCACAAAGCUGUUGGUACUGAUCACCUCAGCUGUCCAUCACGAAGCGGCCAGGAUGUCCAUCCGGCAGACGUGGAUGUUUUACGGUAGCAGGAGAGACGUGGGCAUGGCAUUCAUCCUGGGUCGAAGCACCAACAAGACUCUCAACGAGGCCCUCGAACGAGAGGAGUUCAUGUACCGGGAUUUGAUAAGGGGCCACUUCAUAGACUCGUACAACAACCUCACCCUCAAGACGAUAUCCACGCUGGAGUGGGCGGAUCUGCACUGUCCGAAGGCCAAGUACCUUCUCAAAACGGACGACGACAUGUUCAUCAAUGUGCCCAAGCUGAUGACCCUUAUGGCCACGACGCUCAAGGCCAAUCGAACGAUCUACGGGCGGCGGGCUGAGAAUUGGAAGCCCGUUCGAAACAAGUGGUCCAAAUAUCACAUAUCCUUCGCUCAGUACGGGAAGGCCACCUUUCCCUACUUCACCACUGGACCCGCCUACCUCAUCACCGGAGACGUAGUUCACGCCCUGUUUGAAAAAUCCCUAGACACAGCCUUCCUAAAGCUGGAGGACGUCUUUACGACGGGCAUCGUGGCCGGAAGUCUGGACAUUCGACGGAUAAACGUUCGCGAGAUCGCCAACACCCGCACCAAGUUCGAGGCCUGUCACAUCCGCGACAGAAUCAGCAUCCACAUGGUGCGGAAUAACGAACAGUUUGAGCUGUGGAAGAUGUUGCUGGACGAUACCAUUAAGUGUGUUAAAGUGUAAAUGCUUGGCAGGCUAAAUGUCUUGUUUGACGGUUGUUAAUAUAAAUCUAUAUCUGUAUAUUUGUAAAAA